AUGAACAAAUACAAGCCUGGGAACUACUUUUUCAUAGUGCCUUGGAUAGCAUUCAUUCCAUGGUACGGAAUGCUGAUUGCAAUGCUGAUAUGUUGGGCAGGCCAGGGACACCCAAUCUACUGGUUUAUGAAUACAGAACAAUUCCCAGUGUAUAUUUCGGAUAUCGGAGCCACAAACCUGCGGCCUCUGUUCAUUUCAUGUGUAGGCUGGCAAGGCCUAGGUUAUUGCAUCACGAUAGCGUGCGAAUAUUUUCAACGGAGUGGCCGGUGGCCUUUCCAGCGAACUGCAUUCACCACAACCGCUGUAGCCGACCAUGGCUCUGUCUCUGCGUCCCAGGAUACUGUCAAGUCCAAUUACGGCGAUAUGCUGCGAUCCGCCAAGUUCUUGAUGCCACCUUACUACACACGUCACGAACGUAACUGCAUUUGGGCCAGUUUUGCACUUGGUGCAGCAGGCGAGAUAUGUUUACUGAUGUGCUCGAUUUUUUCCACAGCACACUACCACCGCGUCCAUAUCACCAUGGUUGGGCUAUUUUGCGCCUUUAUGUUCCUGUCUGUGUGCUGCAAUAUCGCUGAAUAUUUCAUGAUGGGCAGACAUUACGCUCAACUACAUCCACUGGCAAAUCCAGAAGACAAGCUUGUAGAAACCCGGUGGAACCACUGGGUUGGACACCGCUUCAACAAGUACACCAUCAGUGGUAUCGCCAAGGUAAUCUGGCUGGCCGCUGCCCUGGCAUGGGCCAUCGCAUUCGGUGCCAUUCAAGAUAACUCUAGAAGUGCUUGUUUCGAAUGGCUACUGGCCUUUUGGUUCGGUGUCAUUUUUAUCAUCAUCUCCAUCGACUUUUACCUAGGAGGCCGCUACAAAUACUCCAAAUACUUCCACCAGGUAACCUCGUUCGAAGGAUACUACAAGUAUGAUAAAUUGGUACCUGCCCCACAUCAAGCGGAAGUCAUUGCUUAG